AUGACGCACUUUCGCCGACGCUGCUGGGAUGAUGCACGCGAUCGCAGCAGGAGCCGCAGCCGCAGCCGCGAACGGCGGAAGGAAUCCAAGAAGCAGGGCGAUGGCGACUCGCAGAGGUUCUUCCUGAAGGGCACUGCAGAUCUGGAUGAGAAGCAAAUUCAGCAACACUUCAAAGAGUUCGGCAAGGUCACGAACUGCAACGUACUGAUGGACAAACGUAAGAAGCAGUUUCGAGGCAUGGGCUUCCUCACCAUGAAGCCGGAAGGUGUUUACGAAGGAAGAAAAACCACCAAGCAAGAUAUGGUGGCGUGGAUUCUCAGCGAGACACACACCAUCAAUGGAGUGCAGAUCGAGGUAACGCAGGCGGAUGAGAAGCCCGAAGAGGAUGAAGACCGAAAGAGAGAGGACAGGGUCACGGAGCGACGGCUGGCGCGGUUGGACAAGGAGCAGCGUAUGAGCCGUGCUCUUGGUGGUGUCAUCCUCGAUCGAGGGCAGGAGAAGCUGGUGCCCUCUCCGUGGUUCAAGCGAUGGAGGACCCACCUUUGGGAGACGCUGCCGAAAGGUCUGAACCCAAUUUCGUGGAAGGAUGCCAAUCUGCAGUGGCUCUGCUGCACAAUUUGGAGUGAGGUAGCGGACCAUGCGGCGCGAACCGGAGACAAGACAGUCAAAGAAGCCUUGGCAUUUUUCCGCGAUGCCCAUUCUGAAGCAACGCGCUGGCUCUUCGUUCCGGCUGCUGACGUUCUGCUCAUCAUAGGAGAUGGGUUGCUGACCCUGACUGCUCUCGGUGUGUUCGUCACGCAAGAGUACGUCGAGCCAAUCGCGCCGCCUACGAUGAGUACGCUGGUCAACAUUGUCAUCCCGACGUUUGCGUCCGCAAAUCCCCCAGCACAAGCCGUGAUGGGCAACGUUCCGCAAAUCCCGCCACUCACCUUCUCAGCUAACCCAGACCUGAACCGAAUGCAGAAAGGCAACCAUGAUGACUGCAAGAUCUUCGUGGGCGGCCUUCCUCUCACAACUACCCUGGAUCAACUUCUCCGGUACUUCUCAGCAUACGGUCAAGUGACGGAUGCCGUGAUCAUGACUGACAAGCUGACUGGAAAGCCACGGGGCUUCGCCUUCAUUUGUUAUGAGACUCCUGCGAGCGUAUUGUCAGUGCUUCAAGACCAUGACAAACAUCACGUCGCUGGGAAAUGGGUGGAUGUCAAACGUGCCAUUGCGGACUUCCUUCCUGGUCCCAGGACUGCAGUUUCGCCGGAGUUUGCGGUGCCUGCGGCACAGGCGCAGACAAGCCCGCAAACCGCAGCUCUUUAUGAUCCACUGGCAGAAGCCGGCUGA